CCUGAAGGCAGCACCGUUACAACAGUUCACGUCUGAAAGCUUCCGGUUGUUUGUCUGUAAACUGCGACUAAAGAUCAGAGUGAGCUCUCGGUGACCUUUGACCUCCAUCAUGGCGUCUACGUCCAUCUCUAAGAUCGGUGGAGUCGUUGUCGUGACUCAGGUCAUUCCUCAGGAUGACAAGUCCAUCCAGCUACAGAACCCCGCUGCCCUCCCUGCUGCCCCCCCAUCAACCCUUACUGCCCCCCCAUCACCCCCCUCUGCCCCCCCCACCAAGACCGACGACAUGGCCGCCAUCUUCCUGAAGGGGGAGCCUCAGGGCCUCGGGAUGGUUCAGAUCUUCAUCGGGCUUCUCUGCGUUCUCUUCAGUUUAACCUCCAUUUAUUCGCCGAUCCUCAUCAUCCACGCUCCGUUCAGCGCCGCCAUCGCUUUCGUGGUUUCUGGAUCUUUGUCCGUAGCAGCGAGCAGAACUCCGUCGGUUCGUCUGCUGUGGGCGUCUCUUCUGUCUAACGCGCUGAGCGCAGUGCUCAGCGUGGCGAGCGUGGUCUUCCUGUGCUUCAUCCUGGCCGCCCCCUCCCCCUCGGGGCAGCUGUGCAGGGACGAGAGGUUUGGAGAGGAGAUGUGGAUACGAUGCAGCAACAACAUGUGGAGUCUGAACGUGAUCUUGUAUGGGCUUCGUAGUUUCCUCCUCAUCCUGCUCGUCCUGCAGCUCUGCGUCGUCAUCAGCGUCUGCGUCUUCUCCGGGAAAGCCGUCAGACGCUCCGACCGCUACGCUCCCAUCAUGGUGAUGGUUGAUAAUGGCAGCGAUGACGAACUGUUGGGCAGCGAAGGCAAAGAAACCUCCUGAUGGACCGAAACCUGCUGAAUACUACAGUAAUACUACAGCAGAGUACUAUUAUACUUCAGCCUCUGCCUGUCACUAUAAACUCUAAUCAUCUCUUUCUCUGCUCAUCUUCUUCUUCGCUGGUUAAUCUACCGCAGCUGUUAUUAUUGAUUUACACACAAUCUCUACUUUGUUGUUGCAGAAUCAGUGACACUCAGUGAAUCAUCAACAGAGAGUUUGCAGGAUGAAUAAUUAAAAGUUGUUAAAAGUGAAGAAUUAUCAGAGUAUAAUGUGACUGUAACAACGUCUGCACUUUAACAGGAAAUUGAACCAUGAGUGAAACUGUGAUUGUUAAAAAAUGAAAAUAUAUAAAUGUGCAAAAUUCAAUAAAACAUUUUGUUUUAUUAAAGAAAAA